GGAGCUCAGAGUUUGAGACAGUGCAAGCACCACAUGGACUCACUCUCGGCAGUGGACACACCACCACAGAACAGCAGAAGAUCAGCCACAUUCCCCUCUCUCAUAGGAACAGGUCAUAGGUCAAAAUGGCACAGUGGAUUUUCCGACUGAAAGGUUGCCUCGGCUCUAAAGUGUACUCAGAGGUCCCUGAUGGUGGUUGGGGUUGGAUUGUGGCUGUGGCCUUUUUCCUGGUGGAGAUGUUCACUUAUGGGGUUAUCAAAAGUUUUGGGAUUUUCCUCAAGGACCUAAUGAGUGAAUUUGGGGAGAGCAACAGUCGAGUAUCAUGGAUCAUUUCAAUAUGUGUCUUUGUUAUGACUUUCACAGCUCCUUUAUCAUCAGUGCUGAGUAAUCGAUUCGGCUUUCAACCAGUUGUGAUGUUUGGUGGAUUUCUCAUAUCUCUGGGCACAAUCUCAACUGCAUUCACCAGCUCCAUCAAUCAGAUGUACCUCACUAUUGGGAUUGUGACUGGACUGGGUUACUGUUUGACAUUCCUGCCAACCGUCACAAUCUUGUCCCAGUACUUCAGCAGGCGUCGUUCUGUGGUCACAGCCAUGGCCUCCACUGGAGAGUCAUUUGCUAUAUUUGCUUUUGCUCCAGCGUUCACAGCUCUUAAGAACUGGAUUGGCUGGAGGUACACAAUGGUGGUCAUUGGAACGUUGCAGGGCAUCGUUAUUGUCUGUGGGGCUCUGCUACGUCCCAUAGUCAUCAAACCAAAGACUUCUCUAACAGAAACUGAGCAAAAGAUCACAUACUCUCUCCCUGAAGAGCAAAUGCAAGGUUCUGUGAGCUCUGGAGAUUCAGGUGUACAGUCAGUCGAUGAGCUGGAGCGGGACCUCAAAUCUGGGCAGGAACAGAAAGAAGCUGAACCACCUCAGAUCCUCCCAAAACAACAGGAGUUUACGAGUAAAAAUAAGCUCUUGGAUUUGACUGUGCUAAAAGAAGGUAGUUUUUUAUGUUAUUCGGCCUUUGGUCUUUUUGCAACCCUGGGCUUUUUUGCCCCACAGCUGUAUGUGGUAGAGCUCAGCGCCAGUUUGGGUACAGACAGAGACAAGGCUGCCUAUAUGCUGUCAACAAUGGCCAUCGCUGAGAUCUUUGGACGUCUCUCAAUCGGAUGGGUCCUGAACUGGGGGUACAUCAGGAAGAUAUUUGUACUUCUUGUUUGCGUGUCACUGAUGUGCCUAGUCCUGGUGUUGUUCACUGUGGUAAAUGGCUUCUGGGGACUAACAGUGUGCAGUGUGCUUUAUGGCUUCUUACUCGGGAACAUUGCAUCCACGCACAUCCCAAUGUUGGCCGAGGAUGAUGUCGUAGGGAUCCAGAGGAUGCCCUUAGCUGUAGGCGUCUACGUCUGCAUUCAGAGCUUUGCAGGACUGGCUGGUCCACCAUUAGGAGGUGUCCUUGUGGAUGUUACACAAAGGUACAGUGCUGCUUUCUACUCCUGCGCUGCGGGAAUGGGACUAGGUGCCAUCUUCCUUGGGUUCGUACGUCCAGCUAAGACAGUUCAUCUGUGUUCAAGGAGGGAUUGUGGACGGAAUAAACCCACAGUGGAGCAAGUGUCCAAAGACAAAGACAGGCCAGUGGAAUUCCUAGAAUUGGAUAACCAAGAUAUCAAUUCUUGAAAAAAGACAUCCUUGGUGAAUUUAACUGAACUGAUCUAUCAGACCUCUUGAUUACAUUGGAAUUUUUUUUACAACUGAAUGUAUCAAUAGAACAACUAUAUUGUGAUUCAUAAUAAUUGCUUAAGGGGUUAGUUCACCCAAAAAUGAAAAUUCGGUCAUCAUUGACAAACAAGAACCAGAGUUUUGUUCUUCGGUGUCAAGCAAGUUGAUACUUUAUUUAGCGAUUAUUUUUACUUUACGCAUCUGCAUUGAUCAAUGUUUGUAUGGGAAUAAAAGCCUAAAUCUGUUAUAUAAAAUGUUUCUUCAAAAAACUUUUACUUUAUGAACUAGUGUCAACGUUUUGGUGGAACGGACAUUCAAAGAAGAGACAGAAAUCUCUCGGGU